UUUUACCUUUGAUGGCAUUAUACUUCUUGGAUUUCAGGACUUCCGCGAUGGAGCCGAAACGCCGUAAUGGGUCCUGCCUGCCCGUAGUGGAGCGGGGGUGCUGCUGCGAUUUGAAGACAUGCUGCUUGUUCCAGGGAUGGCUGGUUGUUAUUGGCUCUACAACCUCCAUACUCUGGAGCUUAUGGAACCUAUUCAUCCUCUCCAACGCGUGCAACCAGGUGGCAAAGUGGGUCCUUGAAAGGAACGGGCCCAACGUGACAUGCUUCAUGAGCGAGGACGUGCAAAAGGAAGAGGAUAUGCCCGAUUUCGAGAUAGCCACCAUCUUCGCCCGUGGCUCCAUCGCCAUCGACCUGGUCGUGGUGUCUGCUUUCCUCGCCACCGCCGCCCUGUUCCUCAAGGGCAUCUACAAGAAUGAACCUGCCAAGAUGGUGCACUUCGUCCGUAUACUGUGGGUCAAGCUCGUCCUGGGCACCAUCGCUGUGGUCCUCGUGGCAGUCAUGAUCACGCCCAUGGCCUUGGCCGGCUUCGCUUACCUGGGUUAUGUCCUCUACUGUCUCAUCUGCGCGAACAGCCUGCGUAUCCACAUGGAGACCAAGUAUGUCCCCUUCUACAGCACGGAGAACCUCAUGCAGCCGCCAACACUCCAGUCAGCUAAACUGCGUUUUUGACUGUACUGGUACAUGUGAGCUGAAAAGAUCUUUUUUUUUUCAUUGUUAUCUUUGUCACAAGCAAACGUAAAUAAAGAGAAUGAUACCUAG